AUGGCGAUCAGGACGGCAGCGCUCCUCUUCCGCCGCCAGGCCGCCGCCGCCGCCGCAGCUCCAAAGCCGCUACAACAGUACUUCGCUGGUCUGUCCACCGCAGUGGGGCACGUUACUCUAGACGAUAGCGGUCACAUUGGCGGUGGGGAGGAGAACAAGAAGCGGUGGGUGGAGCUCCCUCCCUUCGCACCGCUCGACGCCAACGCCGCCGCUCGAGCCAUCUCUCGGGGAGAUGGCGGGGAAGGAGCAUGCUCCAAUGCCACGGCUAUCAGGUGGGUCCGGCGCUGCUGCCCACACCUGCCGGCGUCGCUGGUGCAGAAGCUGUUCCGCCUCCGCAAGGUGAAGAAGAAUCUUGUGACUGCAGAUACCUCUUCAACAGACAGUUUAGCUCAGCAACUCCGGUUGAGAAGGGUUUCAGCAAAAGAUGAACUUGUGCCUGGUGAUAUUCUCUUUCUACCUGUUAACAUUCAAGAAUCUUCUGUUACUGAGAAGACGAAGAAAUUUGGUAACAAGAAUGAGAUUGAUUUUCUACGUGGCCUUGAGAUCUACAAGGAUAGGGCCAUCAUCGUGCUCAACAAACCACCUGGAAUGCCAGUGCAAGGUGGUGUUGGCAUAAAAAAUAGUAUUGAUAUACUGGCCCCGAUGUUUGAGGACGGUUCUUCUGAAGCACCUCGGCUGGUCCACAGGCUUGAUAGGGAUUGCAGUGGUGUCCUAGUUCUGGGAAGAACUCAACUUAGCACUUCCAUUAUGCAUGCUAUAUUUCGUGAGAAAACUGCUGAUGCUUUAGGUGAUGGUACUCAACAAGUACUGCAAAGAAAAUAUGUUGCACUUGUUAUUGGAAGACCCCUAGGCAUCCCAAGGGUUUAUUGUCAGCUCCACUUGCAAAGUUGUAUGGAUCUUAUCAAAAUCUUGAAUCAGUUGAUAUACCUGCCAGUGAAAAUUGCACCUUUCCUGCUCUACUUUAUACAACAGGUUGUAUUACAAGAUGGCAGGUCGGAGCGUCUGACUGUUUGCGCUGGUUCAAAUACUGCUUCUGUUCAAGAUGCUCUGACAGAGUACUGUGUGAUUGAGUCUUGUCCUCAAGGGUACACUUGGUUAGAGCUAUUCCCUCGAACUGGGAGGAAGCAUCAGCUCCGAGUUCAUUGUGCGGAGGUUCUGGGAACACCAAUCGUUGGGGAUUACAGGUUUGGACGGCAAGCGCACCAGAACUGGACGCCUCUUCCCAUGCCGCAAACAAUCGACGAGGAAAUUCUCAAGAAAAGGAAGCUUCCCUUUGGGCUUGCUUUGGGCGGUGGAAGCGUAGCUGAGCAGCAGCCACAGCUGCAUCUACACUGCAAGCAGAUGAUCCUUCCUGACAUCUCAGCAGCUAUGCAGCAGCUGCAGUCUUCACAUGCUGACCACGAUUUCUCUGAUCUGGAGAAGCUGAGCUUUGUCGCGCCAAUGCCGUUGCACAUGCGUUUGAGCUGGAAGAUUCUGAUGUCCAUAGGCAAGUAA